AUGGUAGAAGACUCCAAACAAAGAGACACCAGAACAAAAGUGGAGAUCCCAGAGGCCUCUUUGGUUCCUCAGAGACCCACAGUUCUAACUUCAAAAGAUAAAACAACACAGAGAUUGAUAGUCGUGCUCUCCCAAGCCAGCUUGGAAACUCAUAGGAUGACAUCUUCAGGACAUAAUGACAAGUAUGCAUUGUUAAAUUGCGAUGACCACCAAGCACUACUCAGGAAAAUGAGCAGAGACAUCAGUGAAGCUAGACCUGAUAUCACACAUCAAUGUCUGUUGACUCUAUUGGAUUCCCCUAUAAAUAAAGCUGGAAAGCUUCAAGUAUACAUUCAGACGGCAAAGGGUGUCCUGAUCGAAGUUAAUCCUACAGUACGUAUACCGAGGACAUUUAAGAGAUUUUCUGGCCUGAUGGUUCAGUUAUUGCAUAAGCUUAGUAUCAGGUCUGUCAAUUCCGAAGAGAAACUUCUCAAAGUAAUCAAGAACCCGAUCACGGACCAUCUUCCUACCAAAUGCCGUAAGAUUACUCUUUCUUUUGACGCCGAAGUUGUCAAAGUGUCAUCAUACAUUGAAAAACUGGCCUCUGACGAGAGUAUAUGUGUAUUUGUAGGUGCAAUGGCCAGAGGUAAAGACGAUUUUGCCGAUGAAUUCGUUGACGAGAAGAUUGGUGUGUCCGAGUACCCAUUGAGUGCGUCAGUAGCAUGCUCUAAGUUCUGCCAUGGAGCAGAGGACGCUUGGUCCAUUCUUUAG